GGAGAAAUGGCGCAGAAAGGAGAUCAGUUGGACCAGGAAACCUUUUCUUGUUCGAUCUGUUUGGAGGUUUUAAAGGAUCCGGUGACUAUUCCCUGUGGACACAGUUACUGUAUGAACUGUAUUAAAACCUACUGGGAUGAAGGAGAGAAGAAACUCCCCAGCUGUCCUCAGUGUAGAGAGACAUUUACACAGAGGCCUGUGCUGGUGAAAAACACCAUGUUCGCUGCUUUAUUGGAGCAGAUGAAGAAGACCGGACUACAAGCUGCUCCUGCUGAUCACUGCUAUGCUGGACCUGAAGAUGUGGCCUGUGAUUUCUGCUCUGGAAGAAAACGGAAAGCCAUCAAGUCCUGUUUGGUCUGUCUGGUCUCUUACUGCGAGAAACACCUCCAACCUCAUCAUGAUGUGGCACAAUUGAAGAAACACAAGCUGGUGGAUCCCUCCAAGAACCUGCAGGACAACAUCUGCCCCCGUCAUGGUGAGGUGAUGAAGAUGUUCUGUCGUACCGAUCAGAAGUCUAUCUGUUAUCUCUGCCCUGUGGAAGAACAUAAAGGCCACGACACAGUCUCAGCUGCAGCAGAAAGGGCUGAGAGGCAGAAAAAGAUGGAGGUGAGUCAACAACAAAUCCAGCAGGAGAUCCAGGACAGAGAGAAAGAUGUGAAGCUGCUUCAGCAGGAGGUGGAGGCCAUCAAUCAGUCUGCUGAUAAAACAGUGGAGGACAGUGAGGAGAUCUUCACUGAGCUGAUCUCUCUCCUCCAGAAGAGAAGCUCUGAGGUGAAGCAGCAGAUCAGAUUCCAGCAGGAAACUGAAGUGAGGAGAGUCAGAGAGCUGGAAGAGAAGCUGCAGCAGGAGAUCACUGACCUGAAGAGGAGAGACGCUGAGAUGAAGCAGCUUUCAGACACCGAGGACCACAACCAGUUCCUCCACAAUUACCCCUCACUGUCACCACUCAGUCAGUCCACACACUCCUCCAGCAAGAGCAGAGCUGGAUUCUUGAAAUAUUCAUGUGAAAUUACUCUGGAUCCAAACACAGUACACAAACGGCUGUUACUGUCAGAGGAGAACAGAAAGGUGACAGUUAUGAAGAAACAUCAGUCUUAUUCUGAUCAUCCAGACAGAUUCAUUAAAUAUCCUCAGGUCCUGAGUAGAGAGAGUCUGACUGGAAGUCAUUACUGGGAGGUGGAGAAGAAAGCAGGUGAAGUUGAGGUAGCAGUUUCAUACAAGAAUAUCAGCAGAUCAGGGUGGGGGUUGAGAAGUGCAUUUGGACAUAAUGACAAAUCUUGGUCACUAGAAUGUUCCUCAGACAGAUGUGUAUUCAGGUACAACAACACCAGAACCUCUAUCUCAGGUACUCAGAGCUCCAGAAUAGGAGUUUACCUGGAUCACAGAGCAGGAGUUCUGUCCUUCUACAGCGUCUCUGAAACCAUGACCCUCCUCCACAGAGUCCAGACCAACUUCACUCAGCCGCUACACGCUGGAGUUUGGGUUGGUGACACUGAUGGAACCUCAGCUGAGUUCUGUAAACUCAAAUAG